CUCCGUGCAUCCAAUUAUCUCCCACUCUGACCCCGGACAGAAAGAGAUAGCUAAGUAACAUAGCUCGAUCCCAUUCACCAACAAUGUCACUCAACUACAACACAUGGUUGAUUGAUGAUUGCCGUCUGGCCCAGGCGACCGGUCGGUCGCAACGGGGAACGAUGGAUCCGCGGGCCCCUGCACGGCAUCCCCAUCCCCGUCAAGCAUAACCUUCCCGCAUACCACGCCCGAGAGAAUACGGCAGUCAUCGAGCUCUUCCUAGAUGACUGGCUGCCUGGCUGACGGGGUCCAACUGAAAAAGUAGCUCCGAUCUGUGGUUAACAUCUCAG